UUCAGUUGGCAGAGAAGUGAUCGCAGCGCAGCAUGUCGCGGGCACGAUCCAUGCAGAACAAGGAGUUGGGCAGGUCGCCCGAUCCCCGCAGCAUGUCCGGCAGACCCCAAGGAAUCAUCGGGAGGCUUCAAAGAAAAACUUCUCUGGAAAGGCAGCAUAGAACUGAAUGCUGCUCCAUAGCGCCUGCCGGAGGUGGUAGGGAAGCAGAUGACAGCAGAGGCGGCUGCUUUACACAGUUUGCAAAUCCCCAAAACUAAAGUGAGAAUGAGUUGUGUAAGAUGGAAGAGAAUCGGCCUUGUUACUCAGAGCUUUCUGUGAAAAACCAGGAUCUAAAUGAUGGGAAUUCUGCAUCUCCAAGCAGCAAGAACCUAAAAGGAACAAAAGAAAAGUAUCAAAGCUUAAUGAGAGAGUGUGAGAUGAGUCGGGAGAGUGUUUUUGUCACAAGUAAGAAAAUAAAUGUUGGUGCCGAGGCUAGUUAUGACAAACGUGAUGAAGAGUUAGAGAAUGUCCCACAUGCUGUAAAUGAGACCACAUCAGAUCACAGUGCAUCAGACACGGCUCCGUUCUAUCGUGAACAAGAUGAGGAUGUCAGUGAAAUGAACACAGAUUAUGAAACCAGUUUCUCAUCCCCCGAACUGGUCCGUGAAGAUGACAAUGCAUCCUCAAGUUCUUCUUUCGAUCAUGAAUCGUAUGAUGACUUUGACUUCACUGCACUUGACAGUGGAAAUGAAUGCAGUUACUCACCUCCUCAACAAGUCUGUGAAGACGAUUCACAGAUUAAGUCUGGGAAAACUGUAUAUGGCCAAGAAAUACGAGGCAAUAGGAAUUCUACUCUUAUGGAGAUCAGAAGGGCACAAGCAAUUGAUGAUGUGCCUGGACCACAGAAUAUUUCUAAUAUUAGUCCUAUUGAGAAAGAUUGUGAUAGUCAAUCAGACAGACGUAAUUUGAAUCAGAAGCAAACUUGUGAUCCAGAUACUUUUUUGGUUCCAGGUUUCAUAAGACAAGUGGCAGGCCCAAAAGAAAGAAUAAGAGCAAGUAGUCAAUCUGGACAAGUUCAGAAGACCUGUCCUUUACCUUCUACUACAGUAUCAGACGAUUCACAGAUUAAGUCUGGGAAAACUGUAUAUGGCCAAGAAAUACGAGGCAAUAGGAAUUCUACUCUUAUGGAGAUCAGAAGGGCACAAGCAAUUGAUGAUGUGCUUGGACCACAGAAUAUUUCUAAUAUUAGUCCUAUUGAGAAAGAUUGUGAUAGUCAAUCAGACAGACGUAAUUUGUAUCAGAAGCAAACUUGUGAUCACGAUACUUUUUUGGUUCCAGGUUUCAUAAGACAAGUGGCAGGCCCAAAAGAAAGAAUAAGAGCAAGUAGUCAAUCUGGACAAGUUCAGAAGACCUGUCCUUUACCUUCUACUUCAGUAUCAGGAAAACGGCUGUAUAAAAUUAGGAAUGCUGACACGAAUGGGCUAGACCACACAAACAAUGGACCAUGUGGUAGCGAAGCACCAAAAAUAAGGUACCUGGCUCCUGAUGAACCCAUUGAUAUUCCUAAAAUCAGAGCACUUUACCGUUUACACCCCAGGAAUAAACCUUUCUCAAGCUAUGGAGUGCAGAAAUACUUAAUGCCAAAGCAACAUCUGCCUCGACCUUGUCCACCUAAACAAGCAAAAAGGGUGCGUUUUACUGAUCCAUUGACUAUGGAAAAUUCAAGCACUGAUCUACCUGACAGACCUGAAUGUUUUUACAGAUUGAGAACUAAUCAUGUGAGCCCCCGACAAUGGUUUAUACUGAUGGAGUACAUCUGGCAACUUAGGCUAGUCUAUAAGAUUACGCUGUCCUGCCAAGAAUUUAGUAUAACAAUAUACACUGGUUGUUGUUUUCUAUAUAGUUUUAACUGAAGGUUUUCAUUGCAUUGUUCCAGUUCUAUUUCAUUAAGAAAAGUUAAACCUAUAUAUCCAUCUUUGGCUAUAUUUUGACCAAUCAAUAAGAUGUCAAACGAUAGCUGUUAGUAAUAUUGUAAAGCUCUCAAGAUGCUCCAUUAUAUGUAAUAUUGGUGAAACGUCACAGCGGGUCCCAUUUUCAAGGGCCCAAUCGUUAAACAAGUAAAGAGUAGAACAUCACACGUCAUGCAGAAAAUGAUGCAAACUCUCUUGCAGCUUCUCAUCUUCUGCAUUAACCUGUGUGCUGUCUUACAUUUGUUGGAAAACAUAUGCUAGGUCUUGAAUCCUUAUUGUGGUAUCGUGCUCAGCUGUUGUGGCAUAAUUCUGAGACUUUAAUUUAUGUUAAAUAUGCUCCCAUAUACAUCAGCAAGACUGUAAUAUGUGUAAAAGUCCAACAGCACCUUCAUUCUUUCGAUCAGUAGUCUCAUUGCUUUUUUUAUUUACCAACCAAAAGAUGCUGAAUGGUGCACAGAUUUUUGGCGGGAAGAUAAAAAAUUAUUGUCAGAUAAGUGGGGGUCUCACUUCUAGAAGACCUAUAUGUAUAGAGCACUUAUUGCUGCACUUUUUUGCACUUUAUACUCUAGUGGUGCAGAAUUAUCCCACAGUGAGAAAUGUUACAAAAAAAAAAUCUUGUAUUUUACUUCCAUUUGUUGUGGAUUGUAAAAAAUCGGUUAUGACAGUUUAAAUGUUUUGUACGUUUUUAUAAUGUUAAAUUAAGGUAUUAUAUUAAAAUACAUUUAAAUAUUUCAAA